GAUUUAAUAACUCCUAUGACUUUCAUCGCUUCUUGUUUUCUCACUAUUGUUCUAAUUUUCAUCGUCUAACUGGAUUGUGCCUCAUUCAGUUUAUAACAAUAUUAUCCAUAAAGUCCUUAUCCAAAAACAAAUACUUGCAUAUAUUAGGUUGACCAUGGGAAGUAGUAUAUCAUCAAUGACACCAAAAGUUGUCUACUUCUUAAUAAAUGGAAAUAUUGAAAGGAUACUAAUCACAUUGUCUUGCUCCAGCUGUGAAAUUCACGAUUUAUUAUGCAUCCUUUCAAAUGUUCCCAAGUCGUCCAAUGUUCUUUUAACUGAUGUGAAUGGGUUGAAUGUGCCUUGUUCAGGUUCCAUACCAGCAAAUACGUACAACACACCGUAUAGCGUGGCAAUUGCAUACAGUUCAGAACCAAAUGAAAUGAGCCUUAUUGCUCGUAUGUUCGAAUCGCUCACUGUACAACUAAAUGAUAAUAUGAAAAUUACUGAUAUGAAGAAUGAAUUGACAGAUCGAAUGCAAUUACUGGAGAGACGGAUGAUCGUUGAAUCUGAUCGUCUCAAUGAUCUGGACCGGGUGAAAAAAGAACUUCAAGAACUUAGAAAUCAAUUCUAUGAAGGAAAAUCUUUUUCAAACAAUGCAGAACGUUCUUAUCCAGGAAAUCUUAGAUUAAAUAGUAGUGGUGUCAAAAUUCUAGAGAUGCAAGACUUACCUGUUCUGGAAAAGUACACAUUAACACAAUCAACCAUCGACCUUCUAAAGAAGCCUACAUUCGACAUUUGGCACUGGGAACCGAAUGAGAUGUUAGCUUUAUUGGAGCACAUGUAUAAUGAGCUGGGUGUAGUUGCAGAGUUUAACAUUAAUCCACUGACCUUGAAGCGAUGGUUGUUAUGCAUACAGGCAAAUUACCGUAACAAUCCAUUUCAUAAUUUUCGACAUUGUUUUUGUGUUGCACAAAUGAUGUAUGGGAUAUUAUAUUUAUGUGGACUAAAUAAUGAUUUCUCACGUGAAGAAUUGGGUAUCCUGUUGACUGCUGCAGUAUGCCAUGAUCUGGAUCAUCCAGGAUAUAAUAAUUCUUAUCAGAUCAAUGCAAGAACUGAACUCGCUAUCCGGUACAAUGAUAUAUCACCGCUAGAAAAUCAUCAUUGUGCUGUAGCAUUCAGCAUAGUGAAUCAUCCAGAAUUAAAUAUUUUUGCUAAUGUCAGUCAAGAUACUUUCCGUCGAAUAAGACAGGGAAUGACAAGUCUUAUUUUAUCUACUGAUAUGGCAAGGCAUGGUGAAAUCUUAGAGACAAUGAGAAGACAUUUAGAAGAAGGUUUUUCAAUGAAUAAAAAAGAACAUCGAGAAACCUUUAAGAUGGUUCUCAUCAAAUGUUGUGAUAUCUCAAAUGAGGUAAGACCAAUGUCUGUCAGUGAGCCAUGGGUAGACUGCUUACUAGAAGAAUACUUUAAUCAGUCUGAUAGGGAGAAAAUGGAAGGUUUACCAGUUGCACCAUUUAUGGAUCGAGAAAAAGUGACCAAACCAUCUGCUCAAAUCGGUUUUAUCAAGUUUGUAUUAAUUCCAAUGUUCCAAACUGUGGCAAAUGUUUAUCCAAUCAUUGAUGAACUUAUGGUGACACAACUGAAAUCAGCUCUAGAACGAUAUGAGAAAAUGCAGGCGGAAGAUGGAGAGAAAAAACGAAAUCCCAAUUUAAAUGAAGCUGAUUAAAGGAUACAUAACAUAAGAAGAGAACAAUGAAGACAUGAGAGAAUAGAUUAAUCAAACACAGUUUGUAUGUAUAUAAUACUUUACCUUCCAUGUUAACUGUGCAGUUGCUGAAGUCAUUACAUUGUGUUUAUGUCGACAAACAUUUUCGCUCAUCAUUUAUUAACAACUGGUCAAUUUUACUUGAAAAAAACAAUUACUUUUAUAAAUUGACAUUCAG